GCUAGCAAAUAGUCAAAUACCCAAUUCAACCAUUGAAAUUAACGGAUUCAUUGUAGAUAAGGUCUGAGGUCUGAACCAAGAAUUUAAGAAUCCGUUUAAAAUGGGUUGACAUGGACCGACCCGAAUCCAGAUCUUCGUAAUCCCUGUCGCGGCCGGCAAAGCCCUCUGGUUCAAACUUCAGCGUACAGCACAACUAUGGAGCGCAAUGUAUGUUUCUUCUCCUCAUCCACUGUCUUUCUCGGCUCACCGCUCACCCAUUCGAAGAAAUUCCCUGAAGAACUGAGAAAUCAGACGAGUAAAAAAGUCCUCAGAAUUUUCGCAGCGAAGUCUAUCCCGGAGAUUGCUUCACAAGAAGUACGAAAAGGCUCCAAGAAGGAUCUCUCCCGGCUUCUCCGAACGGAGGCGGCUAUCAAAGCUAUUGAGAGUAAAGCAAACUCUAGCAAGUACAAUAAUCUCUGGCCGAAGGCUGUCUUGGAGGCUCUUGAUGAUGCUAUUAAGGAAAACCAGUGGGAGUCUGCGCUAAAGAUUUUUGGUCUGCUCCGUAAGCAACAUUGGUAUGAGCCAAGAUCUAGGACAUAUGCAAGGCUUUUUGUAAUGCUUGGUAACUGCAAGCAGCCAAAUCAAGCCAGCUUACUUUUUGAGAUAUUAAGGUCAGAUGGGCUUCAACCAACAGUGGAUGUUUACACCGCACUUGCAAGUGCAUAUGGUCUUAGUGGCUUAGUUGAUGAAGCAUUGCAUUUGAUUCAUGAUAUGAAUUCAGUCUCGGAUUGCAAGCCUGAUGUCUAUACUUACUCAAUACUCAUCAAAUGCUGCACAAAGUUCCAUCGCUUUGAUAUGAUUGAUCAAAUUUUAGGUGAAAUGUCAUAUUUUGGAAUCCAAUGUAGCAAUGUGACGUACAAUACUAUAAUCGAUGGGUAUGGAAAAGCUAAUCUUUUCGAGAAAAUGGAAUACUCUUUGCUAGAGAUGAUCAAGAGUGACACGAGCCUGCCUGAUGUAUUCACUUUAAAUUCAGUUAUUGGGUCUUAUGGUAAUGGUGGAAACAUUGAGAAAAUGGAGAAGUGGUUUGAUGAGUUUCAGCUUAUGGGAAUAAAGCCUGAUAUCAUGACAUUUAACAUACUAAUUAAGGCUUAUGGGAAAGCGAAGCUAUAUGAAAAAAUGGGACUUGUGCUUGAUUACAUGAGGAAACGGUUCUAUAUUCCAACAAAUGUGACUUAUAAUAUAGUUAUUGAGACAUUCGGCAAAGUGGGGAAUAUCGAUAAGAUGGAAGAGUUUUUCUUCAAAAUGAAGCAUAAGGGAAUGAAACCUAAUUCAAUCACAUAUUGCUCUCUGAUUAGUGCUUAUAGUAGAGCCGGAUUCUUAGAAAAGGUUGACUCAAUUAUGAGGCAAGUAGAGAACUCAGAUGUGGUUUUGGAUACCACAUUUUUUAAUUGUGCUAUCAAUGCUUAUGGCCAAGCUGGUGAUAUAGAAAGGAUGGCUGAGUUGUUCUUCAAAAUGAAGGUCAAACACUGCAGACCAGACAAUAUCACCUUUGCUACCAUGAUAAAGGCAUACGAUGCACAAGAGAUGUUCGAGGCUUCUAAAGAUCUACAAACUAGAAUGCUCUCUGCUAGCGACUCUCUAGAGACAAAGUUAAUUGAAUCGCCGCUUGAUUAGUUGGCUGUUGGCGUGUGGAGGGGUAAACCUCUUGGACUUCUUACUCUGGGAAGUUCUACGCAUGUAUCUUACUCUGGAAGACUGGAAGUAUUGCAUAUAUACUCAAGCAUCUUACUUGAUACUCCGUCUGUUCCAUAUAAAGGUAUAUGUUCCCCUAAACCCGAUCCAUCCUCGUGCGGCAGACUGUGGUAGAUUUAAAAAAUCAUACUUACUCCGGAUAUAUCAUACGGAUUACUCUUGUCCAUUAUAACUUUGUCAAGUUUGACCGACUCAAGGAAUAAUAAACUAUAAACAAUGUGGUUGGGAUUUGUAUAAAUGAGAAAAAAAAUAAUAGGAAUCAUAAAUCAAUUGUUAAAAGAGGAAAAUGACAAGGUUUUUGGGGGCAAUCAAACAAUGAAAGGUGACAAAAUUACGAGAGACAGAGGAAGUAUUUUUUAAAAAAAUUUUAUGAAGUUUAUUAAACAAGCAUAAAUGAAAAACAAAUUAUACAUUUCUCGAUCAACUGGUUUUUACUGAACAUGAUGCAUUGCAUCAAUUGGGUUUUACUAGUUAAUCGACCAAAUCCGUGCGAGUUGGUCGAUUAACUAAUAAAACUCAGAUGACCGAGUCAAAAUUCUUCGGUAGAAAUCAGUUGACUGGGUCAAAACCCAUUUUGAAGGUUGUUUGUUUGAAGUCAUUUGACAUAUUAAAAUUGUAAUCUUAACUUUAUAAAAUAAGUAUUGACAAAAGUAGAACCCUAACUUUUCAAUUGGGAUAAGGGUCAGUUUGGUACUCGAAGUUGCAAAAAAAGGGUCAAAUAAGUCCUUAUAAAGAAGAUUCUGUCCGGACGUGCCAUUUGAGGUGGCUUCCGGUGGAGUUUUUUUAUGAAUGUUUUUGACCAUCUUAUUCAUUAAGUCUAGUUCACUCAUUCCAAAUUUCAGAUAAAAAUUCAAUCGGGAAGACAUUCAAAUGAUUUCUUGAAGAUAACUGUGCUGUUAUAAGCGCAGUUAUCUUCAAGAAUUCAUUUGAAUGUCUUCCCGAUUGAAUUUUCAGCUUAAAUUUGAUAUGAGUAAACUAGAUUUAAUGAAUAAGAUGCUAAAAAAAAUUAUCAAAAAAAACCACCGGGAGCCACCUCAAAUGGCACGUCCAGACAGAAUCUUCUAUGUAAGGACUUAUUUGACCCCUUUUUUGCAACUUCGAGGACCAAACUGACCCUUUACUCCUUUUCAAUUGAUAAAAACAGGACCAAUUUUUAUUUACGACAAAUAAGUGGCUUAAAUAAGAUAGAAGGACCAAAAUACUCACAUAUAUCUAUCUCCCCAUGAAACCUUAAAGGCCAGCGAACAGGUUUCAGAGUGCCACUUCAUCCUCGUUCAACCGAUGCCAUCUUUAUCGACUUCCACCAUGUGAGGGAUGCUCCUACAGGGGUGAUGAUGAAUCCAACACCAGUGAAUGUGGCUCCACCCGUGGCGAAGACAGCGACUCCACUACCAGUGAAGGCGACUCCACUACCAGUGAAGGUGACUCCACCAUGAAGACCUCAAUGUUAGAGUCAACUACAAUCGACUUACAUCUUCAUCUUCUCUGAAUUCAACAAGCAUAAGGGGCGGCGUGGCUGGGGAACAAAUUAUGGCUAUGGUUCUGCAUGAUUUCAAGAUAUUGAGGACGGAUUCAUGGGGUAUCCGUCCAAUGAAGUCAGUACCUAUGCUCCAGUUUGGGGGGUAACAGACUACUGUGGUGUGGCUCCAAAGUUGUGUCAUUGGAGGCAUGGUCGAUUGUUGAUUUGAGCAGUAUAAUUGGGCGAUCAAAUGAUGUCCCAAGGCUUCACUGGGAGUGUCACGGGCUUUUGGGCUGAGGCAGUAGUCUCAUUAAGUCACUGUGCAGUGCUAUCACCGGGCGAGCCACGCGUCUAGUACACUGGAUCACAGAAGUCGCUAUCAAUUGACCAUCACUUUUAGAUGGUCAACCAAAAAUGGAGAUAUAUAAAAUUCAAAACCAAUCAUUAUGUGGGAACUUACUUUUGUUGAUGUGAUUUCUGAUAUAGUUUGUGUGAUGAAUCUCACAUUCAUGUAUACUAGGUACUCUCCAUUAAUUUAAUUUACCUAUUUUGUUUACGCUAUAUGGUUAUUUCUAUCUUAACUUAAUGUAGCCUACUUUUAUAGGCUAUGUAGUCAUUUCAUUCAUAAUAAUUACUUCAGG